AUGAAAAUAAUAACAACACCUAACUUACAUUAUUUAAAUUANAAAAAACACAAUAGAAGUAGUAGUUCUAGUUCUUCAACUUCAAGUUCUAAAGAUUAGGAGAUUUCUACUGCUAUAUCUACAGGUUCUUAACAUUCUUAAAUAUAUUAAUAAUAUUUAAAAGAAAGAUUAGGAAAUAUAGCAGUAACAGAUGAACAUGGUAAUGUAAAAGCAGAUUUUAGUUUAAUGAAAAAGAAAUAUAGAAAGAAUUUAAAUCCUUAAAUUUCUUAUGAUGAAUAACGAAAUUAAAUGGCUGCUGAUGGAUAAUAAAGAUUAUAAUAAUAAUUAAAAUAAUUUGAAGAAGAACCAAAUUAAUAAUCUUAAGCAGUUGGAGGAGGAUAAUUUUUAAAUAAAAUAAGAAAAGAUAUUUAUAAUUAAAAUGAUUCAAAUGCAUACCAUGAUAGAAUUAAAAGAAAUAGACACUUUUAAGAAAGAUUUAAUGAAUGA